AUGCAUUUCCAGUUAUAUCCUCGAACUCUAAGAAAACCGGAGGAUAUGGUUUCAGCUAAUAAAAAAGAGAAGCAUAAUGGAGUUAGUGCAAACCAAUGGGAAUUGGGUAAGUUUUUCGAUAAUAAAGACCAGAAACAAUUCUUUGAUUUCAAAUAUGGUUGUAUUAGGUUCCAGGGGUUGAAAAACACAAUCAACAGUAGAACUUGUGAUGUUUGUUCAAGAGCUGCUUGGAAAGAAGUGCUCUCAUGGCAGGCUCAUUCUGAUACAAUUAUUUCCGCGGUCAUGACUUUGUGUGACUUAUGGUUUGACUUUAAGAGUGAUACGAUAAUUUGGGGCAAAAUUUGCCCAUGUGAAGGAGCUGAGAAAUUGCUCUUUCUAAUAAUAAAUGAAAGACCAAUAUUAAUUGCAUGGGAUGUGAUUGGAAACAAGAAAGUAAUGAUGUUGAGGAUGAGAAUGUAUGACUAUAUGAUGUACCUUGUAAACUGUCACAUUGCUACACACUUAAGAGUCAUCAAUUAUCAAUUCUUUAGUUACCAUUUCACUCUUGAGAACAAUGGUGAUCUCGACGGGAAGGGAUGCACUCAGUUUCCAAUUUUACAAUUUUCUGCGCCUUCACUUGGAAAGAUGAGUUCGACAUCUUUUGAGCAGAAUAUGGAGAACGGAGGGAAGCAGUUGUUUAUGUUAUUCCAGUCUCUUGGUCCUUCAUUCGAUAAGAAGGGUCCGACAGUAGAAGGAGCUGCAUCUUCUGGGUGGAAUGGACGACCUUUUGCAGUCAUCAAAAUUUUGGGACAGACACAAAAAUAUGGUGAAAAUGGUUUUAACUUUGGUCAAGCAGGAGAUGAAAUGACCCGUGUCAUUUGGAAAUUAAUCAAGGAUAAGCUCAUCUUGCCCUUUGUGGAGUUGGAUAUAAAAUACUUCGUUCUUGGCCUUCAUCGCCGUGAUGCCACAGAUGAUAAGGUUACAAUUGAAAGUGCUAAGGCUACUUUGAAGUAUAAUGUAGCAAUUAAGUGUGCAACCAUCACUCCAGAUGAAGCUCGUAUGAAGGAGGUUAACUUGAAGCAUGUGUGGAAGAGACCAUAUGGGAUAAAUAGGAAUAUUCUAAAUGGUACGGUAUUCAGGGAACCAAUCCUCUGCAAAAACAUCCCUCGACUUGUCCCAGGUUGGUCAAAACCGAUAUGCAUAGGCAGAUAUGCUUUUGCUGAUCAAUAUCGAGCUACUGAUACAAUAAUUCAAAGAGCUGGAAAACUCAAAUUAGUAUUUGUACCAGAAGGGACGGAUCAAAAGAUCGAGUUCGAGGUUUGCAACUUCACUGGUGCUGGUGGAGUAGCUCUAUCCAUGUACAACACGGAUGAGUCUAUUCGUUCUUUUGCUGAAGCUUCUAUGAACAUGGCUUACCAAAAGAAAUGGCCACUCUAUCUUAGCACAAAGAAUACCAUCCUUGAGAAAUACGACGGAAGAUUCAAGGACAUAUUCCACGAAGUUUAUGAGUCAAACUGGAAGUUGAAGUUUGAAGAAGCUGGGAUCUGAUGACUACUUCUGAUGGCAAGUCCCCAUUGCUCAGAUCCAAAAGUUAUACUGCAAAGAAGGACGGUUAAGAAAGGGAAUAGAACUGUGGCUCAAGUUUUGCCCAAAUGGACAGGAUUGUCGGCUGGUGCUGCAACUUGGGAGUACCUUAUUGUUCUUCAAGCAAGAUUUUCUGGUCUUGAUCCUUGAGGUCAAGGAUCUCUUUGCAGCAGGGAGUACUGUUACACGAAAAUGAAUCAACUGGACAAGUUAAUUAGCUUUGCCAUAUCAACAGUUAAUUACGGGCUGUUGAAUUAGUUAGAAGCAGCUAGCAAAUUAGAUUCACUCUCAUUUCUUAUAAAAGGCAUUGUAUCUACAAAUUCAAUCAUCAAUUGAACAAUAAUACAAUUUUCCUAAUUGAAUUCUA